AUGAACUCUGUGACUACAUUAUCAUCAGCAUCCUCUACAUCACCAUCCGCAUCAAAACUAACAUCCGUUUCCUCAUCAUCAUCAUCAGCUUCGGAAAAAUCAUCUAGUUUAUCAGAAACUUCUACUUACACUUCAUCUUCAUCGUCGUUGUUUUCAUCAUCAUUAUCAUCCUCGUCACCUAUAUUAUCUACAAUUAUAGUUACAAUUUCUUCAUCCUCUAAAACCAUCUCAACUUCCACCUCACAGUCAUUGUCAACAAUAAUUCCCACUCAAUUAGCAACAAAAAAAGGAUAUGAUUAUCCAUCAUCAAUAUGUCUAACAGGGUGUAUAAUUCAAUGGAUAGUGGUAUCAGUAAUCGGUGCAAUCUUCUUGAUUUUUCUAAUUUGGCGCACUUUAGCCUGUUAUUGUUAUAGAAGAAAAAUGCAAAAUACCAGCUUGAAAUCAAAUGCAACAACAAAGAGAUAUUCAAAUUUAUCUAAUGGUAACAACAAUCACGACAAAAAUAAUAAUGAUAAUGUAAACUUUGCCGGAUCAAUGACUUCAUCUGUAAUCCAAAGACCGGCAGCUUCAUAUACCCGAGCACCAAUGACUUCCAUGAAAUACUCAAGACCACCAUCAAUUAUAAAAAAUUCACCGCAUCAAUUAUCGAUUUACAGGCGUUCAAGUGCGUAUAUAUCGUCGUCAUCACGAAUUAGUCGUAAUUCUAGCAUAGACCAUUCGCGAAAUUCAUUUAUAGGUGUCGUAUCGCCACCACCCUCUUUUUCCAAAGAAAACUGUGAUAGGCCAAUAUUUAUUAAUAUAAAUUCAAAUGAAAACCCAUUGUCAUCAUCACAUAAUAAUAAUGAUGGUAAACUAUUAAAAGAUAACAAAAUUAGUGGAAUAGAGAAUAAAGGUGAAUUCUUAUCCCAGAGUAAUUUCGUUGAUCAUUAUCAUUCACGAGACAACAGUCAAUUUGGAUUAGCAGAAAAUAUUUCAAAAGACGAUAAUUCUAGUAAUCUUAAUAAUAUGAAUGAUUUGGAACAGCAAAAAAAUCAUGGUCAGGAAACUGCUCAUGCACUUC